AUGAUACUCUACUACUUUAUAGCUGCUGUUUGUGUCCAAGAAUUGUUCGAGCUUGUAGGUGUUGAACAAAUCUGCCAGACCACCUCUAUAAAUUUGACAAAAUUUGCAACCUUAUUACUUCAGAAGUAUAAGCAGUUGCUUCAGGUUAUAGUAACUGCUGUAUUGAUGCAUACUGCAUUUGAAAAUAACUCAAAUGAAAUCAAUAACAACAAUAUUGAGG